CAUUAGGUUUAGAGAGUAAAUUAAAUGGCUGCGCCCAUGAACACGUUUUGUUGACAAUUUUGAAAUAGUUGUAUUUCAGAAUAAAAAUGUCGAAACAAAAGCAUAAAGGGAAACAAGAUAAUACUAAAAUUAAAAAACAAUUGAAAGCAAAAUUUAAGAGAGAAAAAAUUCCCGCUGAAAAGAACAAACGAUUUAAUGAUGGAGAAAAACCAACUAGCAAUGUGAGAAAAGGAAAGGAAUUUAAGAAGAAAGACAAAAAACCUUGGCAGAGACCUAGACAUCAGAAGGAAGAAGACAAUUCUGAUUUUGAAGAGGUCACUGAUGAGAAAAAUUCAAAAAAUAUUGAGGUUGAUUAUGACUCUGAUGUUGACAUAGACCAGGAACAAAGUGAUGUACGCAAGCUUGUUACACAACAGAACAGAAAGAAAAAGAAAUCAGGAGGCUUCCAGUCUAUGGGGUUAUCUCAUAAUGUUUAUAAAGGGGUCACACGGAAAGGUUAUAAGAUACCAACACCUAUACAAAGAAAGACCAUACCUAUCAUUAUGGACGGGAAAGAUGUUGUUGCCAUGGCGAGGACUGGUAGUGGUAAAACUGCAGCGUUUCUUAUACCAAUGUUUGAGCAUUUGAAGACCCACUGUGCCAAGUCUGGUGCGCGAGCACUUGUUAUGUCACCAACGAGAGAACUUGCUCUUCAAACUCUGAAAUUUGCAAAGGAGUUAGGAAAAUAUACAGGAUUGAGAGCAGCUGUUGUGCUGGGUGGAGACAGAAUGGAGGACCAAUUUGCUGCCCUACAUGCUAACCCAGACAUAAUAAUUGCUACUCCUGGAAGAUUUAUGCAUGUUGCCGUGGAGAUGGAUUUGAAACUAAAGUCUAUACAAUAUAUUAUAUUUGAUGAGGCAGAUAGAUUAUUUGAGAUGGGAUUUCAGGAGCAGUUAAAUGAGAUAUUAAAUAGAUUACCAGAGUCCAGACAAACUGUGCUGUUUUCAGCAACAUUACCUAAACUGCUGGUAGACUUUGCUAAAGCCGGGCUACAUGACCCAAUGUUGAUUAGAUUAGAUGUUGACACCAAACUAAGUGAUCAGUUGAAGCUUUCAUUCCUGCAGUGUCGAGCAGACGACAAACUUGGUGUGUUGUUACACAUACUGAAACAUAUGAUACCAGAAGAUGAACAGACUGUUGUAUUUGCUGCUACCAAACAUCAUGUGGAAUAUCUCAACAUGGUACUUCAGAAAGCUGAUGUUUCCUGCACCUACAUCUAUAGUUCAUUGGACCCAACAGCACGUAAAAUAAACUUGGCAAAGUUCCAACAUCGGAAAGUAAUGGUGAUGAUUGUAACGGAUUUAGCGGCAAGAGGAAUUGAUAUACCACUUCUAGAUAAUGUGAUAAACUUUAAUUUUCCUGCCAAAGCUAAACUGUUUGUUCAUAGAGUAGGUCGUGUUGCUCGUGCUGGACGUAGUGGCGUAGCUUUUUCUUUGAUAGCACCAGAUGAAGUAGCAUACGUUGUUGAUCUCCAUGUUUUCCUUGGAAGAACGCUAAAGUUUGUACCUCUUGGUAAACAAGUCAAAGAUGAAGAUGGUUUAUAUGGUACUGUACCACAAACAAUAAUAGAUGACUUGUCCGAGACGAUAUUUGCCUGGCACGAGGAGUCGUAUGAUAUUAAAGCUAUGGUCAAAGUAUGCAGUAAUGCGUAUGGUCAUUAUAUACGAUCAAGACCGCCAUCUGCCCCUGAAUCGGUGAAACGAGUCAAAGAAAUGGAGAAACUAGGUCAACAUAUCGGCACACAUCCAAUGUUCGGUUUAGAUACAGACAGCUCCGAAGCAGAAAGACUUAAUCUUCUGAAUGCAUUAAAGUCGUACAAGUCUAACACAACGAUUUUUGAGAUAAAUUCAACUGCAAAGAACAGUAGUUUUAAUGUGAUGAAAAAGAAGAGAAAUUGGCAUGAUAAAGUGGUGGAGAGUAAAGUAAGGCAUGCCGAAGAGAAUCGACUUGAACCCGGCAGUAAUAAAGAGGAAUUUGUGGGAACCAGUCAACAGGAAACAGCUGAUGAUGCUGACAUUGAGAAUGCAUUUAGUGUUGUGAUUGGUGGAAAGCUCUCAAAAGCUAGUGAGAAGAACCAAUCAGAAGCCAGUUUACAAGUGGGCAAGAAGAGAAAAAGGAAGGAAAAAGAGGGAGUGAGAGAUGAGGAGAACUAUGUAUCAUAUAGACCUUCAGAUUAUCAGACAGAACAAGGAUUACGACUAGGAAGUAGUUUUGACAGAGAAGCAUCAGGAGCAAUGUUAGAUCUUACUGGUGAUGAUGAAAGUAUAGCUAGAAAGAGAAAUAAUGCUUUAAAAUGGGAUAGAAAGAAAAAGAAGUAUGUGAGAGAAAGUAAUGAAGAUCCAAAGAAGAAGAAGAUACGGACAGAGAGUGGAGCUUUGAUACCUGCCUCCUACAAAUCUAAUGCAUAUAAAGAAUGGGUGAAGAAAAGUAAGACAGACACACAGGUAGAGAAAGACGAAGACGAUGAUCUGUCUGACAAACAGAAUAGAACGAAAAAUAAACUAGCUGUACUAGGUGUUACAGAGUAUAACAGAAGACAUGUUAAAGGAUCAUUAUAUUGGUUACCCAAGGCAACAAAAGAGAUAAAAUUUAAGAAAAAGGGUCUUCAGAAUUAAAGAGACUCUGAGCAAAUUGCAAAAAAGCAAGAAAACUAAAAGCAAAGAAAAGAAGCUUUCCAAUCACAGAGACAAAGAAAACACCAGGUCAACAAAGCUAAACAUAAAUCUAAAAAAUAAAGAUGAAGAUCCAUACCGGAUUAUUGCAUAUGUUGGGAUGUCCUGUUUUUAUGUUCGCUUUAGUUCGUUCAUAUACAUGCGC